GCGUCCGGCCGCGGGGGCGAGGGCCGCUGUCCCCGAGGUGCGCAGGGCCGGACAGUAAUGCGGCGUCCCGGGUGGAGCGCGCUGCGAGCGCCGCCCUGGCGCCGCCUCCCGCUGCCCCGCCCGCCCGUCCGGCCGCGCGCCGUCUCCUCCCGCGAGCGCGGAGCGGCGAACCCAGCGCGGCCAUGGGGAGUGGGAUGAGCCAGAUCCUGCCAGGUCUGUACAUUGGCAACUUCAAAGACGCAAGAGAUGCAGAACAGUUGAGCAGGAACAAGGUGACACACAUUCUUUCUGUGCACGACACUGCCAGGCCCAUGUUGGAGGGAGUUAAAUACCUGUGUAUUCCAGCAGCAGACUCACCAUCUCAAAACCUGACAAGACAUUUCAAAGAAAGUAUUAAAUUCAUUCAUGAGUGCCGACUCCAGGGUGAGGGCUGUCUUGUACAUUGCCUGGCUGGGGUCUCCAGGAGUGUGACACUGGUCAUCGCAUACAUCAUGACUGUCACCGACUUUGGCUGGGAAGAUGCCUUGCACAUGGUUCGUGCGGGGAGAUCCUGUGCCAACCCCAACCUGGGCUUCCAAAGGCAGCUUCAGGAGUUUGAGAAACAUGAAGUGCACCAGUAUCGGCAAUGGCUGAGAGAAGAGUAUGGAGAGAACCCUUUGCGGGAUGCAGAAGAAGCCAAAAAUAUUCUGGGUAAAUAUAAAGAGCAAGGGCGCAUGGAGCCCCGGCCUCGCGGCAGGCGGUGGAGCGCCAUUUCUGCCCUGCCUCCUCCCACCUACAAUAACUACACAACAGAGACCUAACAGAGAGCUGCUGUCGCCUUCCGCUGCGCUGUGGGUCUUCUGGGUUGCCUGCUGUGUGCCGGUGUGCCUGGGGCGCUGGCUCCCGCCUCUGAGGACUACGAGAGGAGGUCGAGGUCGCAGCGAGGUGGAGCACUCAGGGCUCCUUCCCAGAACCCUGCCUUACUCAGGCUUUUCUACUCUCUCAUCCUCGCCCAGUCUUUUCCUCACCUGAACUUGCCCAGCCUGGGAUGCUGCCCGGCCACUUUGUCUUUCUCGUAUGUGUGCAAGAGUGUGGAUGUGCAUGUCUGUGUGUAAGAAUGUGCAUAUAUGCCUACAAAUGUAUGCAUUGUGAACAAGGAUACAUGUCCAUGUGUCUCUGCAUGUGGGAACUGAGUGUUUAUGGUGCUGAAAGUUAUAAACCACCCCGCUGCCAGAACUGCAAUGGUCACAGUGUUCUGUCUACAUGGAAGUCAUUUGAACUUGGUCCCUGAAAAGCUACUCACCGAGUAACAGCCUGUGGUGAGAACUCAGGGCAUGAGCAGCUGGAAACAGUGGUGUUCCACAUCCUGAGAUGGUACAGAGGAAGGGACAGGACCUCCAGAGAAAGGGUGGCAUAAUCCCAGAGAAUUUUAUGUCUACGGGAACAAGGGCAGGCUUUCCAAGCGCUGUCCUGGACUUGAUCAGUAUACCAGACCUCAGCCUUGCUAGCCUGCCAUGGCCCUGAGCUCCACUUGGUGCCUGCUCUGAAUGGGACCAGCGUCAUUUGACUUGCAUGGUGAUAUGGUAUGGUGACAGGGAGAACCUGAGACACAAUAGCCCUGUACCAGAGGCCUGGCCCGCCUCCUGUCUGCUUUUACACAUGUACCCUCUGGCUAACUUCAUGUUGUGGGGGCGUGAGGUGGGGUCUCAUCUCAGGUUUGCAUGUACCUGCAGGAACUGGAAAGAAAGAAUAGUUAUCAAAAAGGCCUAAGCAUUCUGUGAGCUCAUUGUUGGAUGCUGUGGACCUGACCUUUGACUCAGCUACCUCAUUAGUUUUCACUUCCUUCCUUCCUUCCUUCCUUCCUUCCUAACCUCCCUCCCUCCCUUCCUUCCUUCCUUCCUAACCUACCUCCCUCCGUCCCUCCCUCCCUCCCUCCCUCCCUCCCUCCCUCCCUCCCUCCCUUCCUUCCUUCCUUCCUUCCUUCCUUCCUUCCUUCCUUCCUUCCUUCCUUCCUUCCUUCCUUCUUUAAGGUUGCAGUUGCUUUGCUACCCCAGUCAACUCUGCUUCAUAGUUGAGAAUGUCUGUCAUGUGGCUUUUGUUUUUGAAACCAAAGAGAAAAGCAUACUUAUGUCGUUGAGUGAUUUAAAAUUAGCAGUUUUGACUUUCAUAAGGUUUUCUAGUGGGUUGACCCCCACAUUCCAGCCAUGAGAGCUCCUUAGCUCAAAGUGUGUGGUAGCGGGCACCCCCAAAAGCUCCGCACAGUCCGGUGUCCUGUCUUUUAUACCAAUUCAUAUUUCUUAAGCAUGUAGAACCAUGCAAAUGAAAGAUACACUCAAUCUCUCCCUAAAGAUACUUCAGCCAGGUUUCUCUGAAGCCUAAGAAGGCCCGGUUUAGAAGCAGCAGUCUUCCUGUGUGAGUGGAGCCCUUUGGGGCCCAGGGACAGUGAGGUGGCCAAGUCUCUGCGUGUGCAGGCCCUGCAUAGGUCGUGAGCAAAGGGAAGCUGUGAGUAGCUUGGCAUGGUGAGCUAGAAUGAGUUCCCUCACACCAAGCAAUAGUGCAGGAAGUGAAGCCUGGGUGUGUGUGCGCAUGUGUCAACAGCUACAGAUGUUCCCAUAGGGUCUCAACUGUCUUAAUUUUUGUUGCCAGUAAUGUUCUUUCUCCACAGCUGCCCCGGGAAUUCUGAAGUACUGGGCCUUUCUCAGAAGACUGUAAUGUACCUGAAGUUUCUGAAAUAUUGCAAAGUUCAGGCUGGUGCUGCCAAAAAGAAAAGUGACAUAGAGUUUAUUUUUAAGAAUCCAAUAGUGAUUUGUAUACUUGUUUAUUUUUCAUUUUAAACCAAAUGCAUGUAUAAUCAUGUUGGAAUAUGUUAAGAACUAUGGAGAUUCUGUAGCAAGAGAAAAUAUCUUUGCCUUAACUCCACUGCUAUGGUUGUUCCUUCGACAUGACCAAUGCUCAUACAAUAAUCUCAAGAGUCCUGUCUGUUUUGUAAUAGUAACUGCUUCUCAUGAACACUACCCAAGGAGGAAGCCUGCACCUGGGAAGUGUGUGGUGUGAAGUAUGGCCUCCUGUUCUCCAGCCCCAGACAUGUCUCUUGGUGUGUGUUUUAUCCACUGUUGUUAUUCUGUAUGGUAGAAUUACCAAAAGCUAUUCAGAUUUCUUAAUAAAGGGCAAGUCAACCAA